AUGCGUGCCAACGCUGUGGCCGGUGCAAUAUUCUUUCAGCCAGACAGUAGCGGAGGGCGACCGCCCUCGGUCAAUGAUCCCAUCUGGUCGCUGAAUGACGGUGGUCGUUGGCAGGGCGAGAACCAGUUUCCCAUCUACGCCUUACCAGGUCCCACCGGUGCCUUCCUACUCCAGCAAUCAGCGCUUUACUCCGGCAACAUGACCUCCGCUCCGUUUGGCGAGGAGCUCGCACAACAAUUCAACGAUCAAGAUCUUAUCCGUCUCGUCGUCAGAGUCGACGUUUCCGGCUCGCCCGGGAUCCCUUCGUUAUGGGUCUUCCUCAUUAUCGUGCUCGCCGUCCUGCUCGCCAUCGUCCUCACAACUUCGGUAGUCAUGCAUCUUGUCCAGCGGCGUCAACGUCGUCGUCUGACCGAGCGCGUUGCCCGUGGCGAAGUGGACCUUGAAGCCCUGGGUAUCAAGCGUCUCAAUGUCCCGCAAUCGGUCCUUGACACCAUGCCUACCUUCACCUACACCUCGAAAGAGACCACCUCCGUCUCCGACCCAAAUGCCGCCACCGAUGCCACCACACCUGCCUCUCCCACGGCGCCGAUCCGCGAGAUCCCCUAUUCACAAAAUACCUGUCCCAUCUGUCUCGACGACUUCGUUCACGGCACAACCAUCGUCCGUGAGCUCCCUUGCGCACACAUCUUCCACCCAGAGUGCAUCGACCCCUUUCUGCGCGAUAAUUCAUCAUUGUGUCCCAUGUGUAAAAAGUCCUCGCUGCCCGCCGGCUAUUGUCCGGUCAAUGUCACCAACAUCAUGGUCCGUAGGGAGCGGUUGGUCCGACGCAUGCGCGCCCGUGCCUCCGGCGAGGAAGGCCUGGUGCGGCAGAUUGACGCCGAAAGCGGCCACGGCUUGCUCAACUAUAACUUGGGCAGACUCCGAGAUCGCGUGGCCGGCCGGAGAGCCGCAUCGGCGGGCCUGCAUUCCAGUCGCGUCAACAACAGCCAUGGCGCGAGCAACGCGGGUGCCGCGGAGAUGGCGAACAUAAACGUCGUGCAGCCGCCCGCGCGGGCGCAGACCGCCCCACCGGCGGAUGGGGAGCCGGUGCGAGAACGGCAGAGUGCCAACGCGGAGCCGGAAGAGGUGCCAGAGGAGAUCAGGGCGCAGGGCACGACUGCCAGGCGCGCGUGGUUAAGAGAACGGUUUGCGCGCCGCGAGCAGCGCCAGUAUGAGGAGGGGGCGGCGCAGGCGAGGGCGGCGGAUGAGGGGAGGUCCGCCUGUAAGUGUUUCUGUUUUUCUUCGCUUUUCGUUUUCGUGUCGAUCACUGACUUGUUGGCCCAGGGCGUCGAGCGCUAG